AUGGACAACAUGGCCACAGUGUGAUGAGUAAUCUCUCUCUGGGUCGUUUGUUUCGGAAAGCUCAACAAAACAUUGCAAAACAUCGAAACCCUCAGUAGCAAUGGGUUUAACACAGAGCAUUGGUGCACCUGAGGGGAGAACAGAAGGAUAUCAUGUCCAUGGGAUUCAAGAGGACUCACCGGCAGAGAAAGCUGGUUUGGAGCCCUUUUUUGAUUUCAUCAUAUCCAUUGGCAAUAAUCGUCUUAGCCAGGAAACUGAUAUGCUCAAGGACCUCCUCAAGGCUAAUGUGGAGAAACCGGUGAAGAUGGAAGUGUAUAGUACAAAGACUAUGAGGAUCCGGGAACUGGAAGUGCUUCCCAGCAACAUGUGGGGUGGUCAAGGACUUUUGGGAGCCAGUGUCCGCUUCUGCAGCUUUCAAGGAGCUAAUGAAAAUGUUUGGCAUGUUCUUGACGUGGAGCCAAAUUCACCAGCAGCACUGGCGGGACUCCAGGAGCAUUCAGAUUUCAUUGUUGGAGCUGACCAGGUUCUCCAAGAUUCAGAGGAUUUUUUCUCCCUAAUUGAAGCCCAUGAGGGGAAACCACUGAAGCUGCUGGUCUACAAUACAGGGACCGAUAAAUGCAGGGAGGUGGUUGUCACACCAAAUGGUGCCUGGGGGGGUGAAGGCAGUCUGGGCUGUGGCAUUGGAUAUGGAUACCUGCACAGAAUUCCAGCACGACCAGGAAGCCCAAAAUCGGAAAAAGUCAGUCCAAAAGCUUCUCCAGUGGCAGGGACACCAGAGCAAGAGCUUCCUACAAAUGGAUUCACAGAGGUGUCCUUAAUGGCGUCUACUCAGUCAAUGAGUGGCUUGGAUCUUGAUGCCCCACUGCCACCUCCCAUUCAGAGAGUCAUGGAUCCUGGUUUCUUGGAUCAGUCAGAAGUGGCCAUGAUGAAUUCGGAGGUGUCAGACAUAGCAGACCGACUGGACCUAUCCACUUCUUCCAUCGACAUGACAAACACAUCCCUAGCUGUCCGAGAAGACAUUGACGUAUCAGGUGUCGAGGAGCUUCAAGACAGUGAGAUUCCCAGUCAUAACCCUGAGGUGCAAAAUACAGAGGAAUAUCCUGCUGUGGAUUUCAAUUCGAUUGCACCACCUUCAGAUGUUCCUCCUCCCCUUUCUCUCCCACACCCUCUUCUCCCAAAUCUGCCUCUCGAUCAUAGCAUGCCGAUAGACAUGCAUUCUUCGAUCCCAUCUUUCGACUCUUCUCUGCCUCCUAUAGACAUUUCCUCCCUGCUCAUUGACCCCGCCGCCCUUCAUCUCGAGUCAUCUGCCCCGCCUGCAGAAUAUCCCAUGCAAUCCAACGAAUCCUCACCUUUCCCUUCAGAAACUGAUGGUGUCAAUCAGGGUUUUUCUGAUGUGCCACAGUUUCUGAAAAGCAGCUUGUCUGAGGGCGUAUCCUCUGACCUGAUGUCUUUUGAUUCCCAUAAUGCACAUAUCAAAGAUGAAGCUGCUCCUCAGUAGUGUCACUACCAAGUACUACCUUGUGUCUUGUUUACGGAGCUGCUCAACAAUCUUCGGGUUUUUUUUUUUUUAAUGGCUUUGUUACUGUUAGGAUCAGGUGUUGGACUUGAAAUGGUGUUGAGUGUGUUUUUUAAACGGUUGUGUGCAAUUUACGGUUUAUUUUUCGUUUUAGUCAAGAUGAUUGUAGGCUAUUGGAAUAUGUAUAGGCCGUUGUUUUAAAUCGUGUAGAUGUUCAUUUAGGAGAUGUUUUAUGUUACUAAAUUGAAACCUUUUAAUUUAGCUUAAUUGAAACUGCUUAGAUUCCAGUUUUAAAUCCCAAAAUAAGCUGAAAGUAACAGCUGAAAUCCUUUAUUUGACAGUUUGUUUGAAAAUAUUUGUAGUAUUUAUUUAGCUAUGACACAAACACUCAUGGACUACUGUGUUAAAUUGAACACACUGUAGAUUAAUGUAGAUUAACCGAUUACACACAAGGAUCUUAAGAACACUGUGACAAAAUAACUCAUUUUGUCUAGAAAAUCAUUACAUUUUUUGGCUUACUUUGUUACAUUAAAACCUGUUUGGGUUUUAUUUUGUGUUGUGGGAAUGUUUAAGCAAAGUAGACAUUUUUAAUACUAAAAAACUUUAAUUUUGUAUUUAGUUUUGCAAACUAAAAUCUUCCUGGCUAAUUAGAUUUUAAAUGAUUUUGAUGUGAUUUUUAAGAAUUUUGUCUUCAUUCGUAGUGAUUUAUAUGUAAUUUAGGAUGAAAAGAGUAAUGUUAUAUUUAUGCUUUAAGAGUUAAAUCAACACUAAAGAAAUUUUACCACAGUAAAAUGUGCUUUUCAUGUCAUUUAUUGAUCUAUGCAAAUACCGGAAUUGUAUAAAUGCCAAUGAAAUAUCUAUGGUAUUAAUAUUGAGUGUAAUCAUCACUGCCAUAUUCAAGAAUAGUGUCAUACACAGGACUAUUUUUCUGUUUUGAAGAUGGGAAGAGAUAAAUAAUACAAUACCUCUUUGAUCUUAAGUUCUUUGUCGUAAUUUCUACAAGAGUUUCAGCUAUGAACAAAGAUUUUAUAUGUGUUUAUACAGGCAAAGUGAUUUCUGAUGACAUGAUCAUGGUACGUCACAAGGGUGAGGAGACAAUGUUGUUUUGAAUUUGACUUGAAGUACAGAAUAGCUGUUAUUCUUUGUGUGCACCCAAAUGUAUAUUUUUGUAUAGUAAUGCUACUGAUGCGCAACAGGAUUUUAAGUCAACAGGAAAUGGUUUACUGUACCCACACAAACUGUAUUCUUUGGCUUUCUGGGAAAAUAUCAGAGUGAAAAACACUGGAACCAUCCACAGCAAUAAAAGAUACAAAAUAUAAAUUGC